UCCGGCGUCACACAGUCAACAUGGCGCCGAAGCAACGUGGGAAAACGGCGUCUUCCUCAAAGACGGCGGAUAAACGUGAAGAGCACGAGGAGAACAUGAGUCUGUUCCUGGAGUCCAGUGACGACGAGGGUCCGGAGGAGCUGACGUUCGAGGAGUCGAAGCUCGCGGCUCUGCGCUGCGUGAAGGAGGCGCUGGACUCCGCCAGGAGGGAGAAGGAGCAACUCAAAGAGAAGAGGAGGAGGAGACAGGAGCUGUUCCAGGAGCAGAAGAAGCGAAAACUGUUACCGGCCGACGUGUUGGAGGAGAUCGACGACUCCACUUCCAAGAAGCAGAAGCCUUCUGAACACGAAGGUGAAGAGCAGCCGAAGAAGAAGAAGCAAAAGAAGAAGAAGAGUGGGAAGUUAGCGCAUAUACGAAAUCUGAAGGGAAACUACAAGGUGGUGACCGUGAAGGAGCCGGCGGCGGUGACCUUCCAGCAGCAGGCGGCCGAGGCCUUCAUCCAGUCCCGGCUCUACGGACCAGGCAGCGGCAGGACCACAAACAACGAGCUGCUCUCCCUCCAGAACAAGAAGGGGAAGAAUAAAAGUGCAGCUGUGCAGUUUGUCAAGAAAGACUGGGCCUCUAAAGAAAGAGUCAAAGCAGAGAAGCUGAAGAAGAGGUGGCUCCAAAAGCAGCAGAUUCCCUCGUGCUGACCACCACUCCAGAACCCUCAGAGCUCAGAGCUUCUCCGCACCAGCUGCUCGGUGGAUUUAAAGGGGACACGGAACAUUGCUGAAGACCCAGGAAACCAAAGGAAGGACAUGGUUUAAAGUCCUGCUGGGAUGCAGGCUGGACUUGAUGUGGAGACAGUAGCAGGACAAUGUGCAGCUGAAUGAGGGGGGGGGGGGGGCAGAUUACACCAGAACAAGAGUCCUGGAACAGACUGAGAAUCAGAGCCAAUUAACCCAUAAACCCUGAGGCUCUCACCUGACGUUUCUAAACUGAAGUUUCUUAAAGAGCAGAAGAAACAGUCAUUUGUAUCUGUGCUGAUGAAAAACUUGUUUUCAGAAUAUUAGUUGUUUUCUUUGCUUCCAGUUUAAUCGCUCUAUGAAUAAAUGCUUGUAUCAGUAUCUCAUAUUUGAUAAAAUCCAAAGAAAACACUUGAGUGGACCCACGUCUUCAAAUGAUGAGACCAAGCCGACUAUUAAUCUGCAUCUGCAAUUAUCUAUUUAGCGCUAAGACGAUAGAGAAUGUUGUGGAUGUUUGGGGGAAGAUACAAGUUAUGGGUCAAGAUAAAUGUAUAUAUUGAAAAACACUCAAUGAUUGGGAAGAUUUCGUUAUCAAACUCUUAUGACAAAGAAAUAUUACAAAAGCUAGAUGUUUUACAGAUUAACCAGCAUCUUCAUUAUAAAUAAUAAAAAAUAAAUCCAGAUGUAUAGAACUUGAAUUUUUUUUUGUGAAAUUUGUAUUGAUCAUUUAAAAUAUGUAAGAAGAAUGAAUAGGACGGAGUAGAGCUCAGACCUAUAAGGCCCAUCUGUCUAUUCUCGUUUCAUAUUAAUCUGUUUGACCAGUCAAAAAAUAACCUCCUUGGUAACAAACUACAUUUUGUUAAUGACAAACUACGUAACGACAUCUUUUCCAACUGUCGAAGUGUUUCUGUGUUUGCUUCUGACAAGUGAAAGUUUUCACAUCAGAGAUAAAAGCUGCCACGGAC